AUGUGUAGAGCGUUGAGAUCUAAAAAUAAAUUGAAGUUUGUUGAUGAAACUUUAGUAAAACCAUCGGAAGAUGAUUCACUAUUUGAUGCGUGGGAUAGAUGCAACACAUAUGUGGUGUCUUGGUUGAAUUUGUCUUUAAGUCCAGAGAUAGCACACAGUGUGGUGUGGAUGGACGUUACUGCAGAUAUAUGGUGUAGUUUGAGACAUCGCUAUUACCAGGGAGACUCUUUCAGAAUGGCUGAGUUACAAGAAGAAUUGUUUAGCAUAAGGCAAGGAGACCUCAACAUUACUGCACACUUCACCAAAUUGAAAGGAAUUUGGGAAGAGUUAGAUAAUUUUCGCCCAAUUCCAGCAUGUAAGUACUACACUGAAACUUGUGAUUGUGAUUUAGAUGUGAUGAGGAAUUACCAAGAAGAUACCAAUGUAGUGAGGCUCCUCAGGGGACUAAAUGAUCAAUUUGCUGUAGUGAGGUCCCAGAUCAUGUUGAUUAAGCCGCUUCCAACAGUAGAUGCAACCUUUUCACUUUUGUUACAGCAAGAGAGACAAAAUGCAGAUAUCAUUGAAGAAAAAGCAUUGAUAACCACGGGUGACACUAGAGCCAAUCAAGAAUUUAACCCUCAGAUCAAUAUGGCCACUAGAGGGGGUAGGAGCCUUAGAGCCAAAGGGGGUAGAUUAAAUGGAAGAGGAGGUCAAACUUACAAACAGUGUGUAUUUUGUGGUAAGAGUGGACACACUAAGGAUGUAUGCUAUAAAAAGCAUGGAUACCCACCUCAUAUGAGGAGUGGCAGUGGCAGUGGAAUCAUCAACAUGGUUACUGAUUUGAAUGGUGAUAAUAUCAGUAACAAGACUCAAGAAGCAAUUAGCAAGUUAGAGGCUCAGUUAUCUGCAAAUCAGAGAGCAGCAUUAUUGGCACUUCUUGAAAGGGAGAAUAAUCAAUAA